UUCAAAUGAUGAAGCACGACGCUGUCUACAGCGCGAUUGUGAAAGAUUCGUUAAUCUUGCUUUAUGGACAGGUCUUAAUAAGCCAUCUUGGGAGCACACGUAAUAAAUAUGUGGCAAAAAGAAUGAGGCAUUUAGGGAGACUAAAAAUGCAACUUAAUGAACUGAAAGAACAAGAUGUGGAACUGAAUGCUUACAUUUCUCCAUGGUAUUUUGAUGCUAUUAUAACGGCAGUGAAAUCAUUAGGAGGCUAUCAUCACAACGAAGAGUACAGAUCUGUUUUUGAGGCACCUUCCCUUGCGCUUUCUCUCGGACAUAGCCUAGUAAGGCUUGCUGAAUUAAAACGGGGAAUUGCAAUACAAAGAAAAAGCUUUGUAUCGAAAAGCGAAAGCGAUAAUUUCAUUCAGUUGCAUUGUAAUCACUGGAAUCGCAUAAUUUCGUCAAUUGCGUUUAGAUCAGUUGAAGAGAACGCUUUCAAAAAGUCUAUGCUUCUUCCCGUCGUCAGGGAUCUGUUAAGGAUAAACUGUUACCUUCAUGCACGGUUGGCAGGACUUACAAAAAUAUUGUCCGAAAAACCGGACAGACAGGUUUGGAAGUUACUCGCGGAUGUAACAUUGGCGAGCAUCAUACUUUUCAACAGACGGACAGGUACAGAGGUGGCUCAGUUGCUGCGGCGCUCUUACCGGCAGCAUAUGUAUGGGCAUGAGGCUAUGGAUGCAGGGGUCAAAUGUAGUUUGAGACCUGUAGAAAAAAUACUGUUGACAAGAUGGAUGCCACGUCUGAGGCUUCGGCUAGUAUUGACUCUUGAUAGGCUUAACAAACCGUAUCCAAUUUUGCUGACACAAGACAUGGUGACUGCAAUCGACACCUUAGAAGAUACAAGAACCAAUUGUAGUAUCCGUACAAAAAACAUGUUUGUUUUUGCUUGCUUCGACCAAUUGGACUCGCAUACGAACGCUUGGUAUGCUCUGAAUCCACUUGCUCAUGAAGCAGGUUGCCAACACCCUGAUAUGAUAUCUUCGAGUUAUUUGCGGACGUACCUUUCAACUGUGUACCAGGUGUUGGAGAUGGAAGAUCGCGAGCGUGAAUUGCUCUCAGGACAUUUACACAUCGACGUACAUUCGCGCAAGGCGCACUACAGGCAACCCGGUGCAACUGAAGAUCUGGCAAAACUCGCUUGUAUGAUAUGCAUGGCUGAGAAUGGCGAAGCACAGAAUUUUGACGGAAAGAAAAUGUCUGAGAUUCAUGUUUCAGAACUAGAUGUACCUAUCGAUGAAGCAGAGUACACAGAAAUGUACAAUGAUGUUGACAUUUUGGAUGAUGAGUUAGCUGGCUAG